UAAAUAUAUAUAUAUAUUUUUUGUGGUUAAAAUGUCAAAAAUAUGUCAUUUUUAUCGUACAAUCUUUUUUAUAGAAACAUAAAAUUACCCAAAAAUGUAAAAAAAGCGGUUAAAAGAUGGAAAUUUUAUAAACUAUGUGUAAUAUGAAAAUUAUCUGAUUUUCUAUAGAAAUGGAUAAAACUGUUUUUUACCAGGAUCGUUUCGAAAUUCUCGUCGAUACUCGUGGCUACCAGCCGUACGAAAUCAAGUGCCUCAUGACCAAUAAAAUCGUAGAAGUGAUCGCUCAGAAAGAAAAUCAACAAGACAAUGCUCAGAAAUGUAAUGCUCUCAUGCGACAAUUCGUACUGCCUCAGAAUUUCGUAUCAGAAAACGGACAGUGCUGCUUGUCUCCGGACGGAGUCCUAACCAUAACUGCCCCAUGGUGUUGUAAAUAAAUGUUAUAAUUAAAUAAAUUGAAAUAAAAAUAAAAUAUAAAAAUGAAUCAUCAACUCUUGAAAUGAGGCUAAUUCCA